AUGAAAGGCAUUUGCUGUUUACUUAUUUUUGCUUUGGCAGCUACUUAAUGCUUUGGUCUGUAUGAAGCAGAUUCAAAGGUCGUGAAAUUGACAAAGGACAAUUUCAAGACAUUAGUACUUGAAUCGAAUGAACCCUGGUUGGUUGAAUUCUAUGCCCCAUGGUGUGGUCAUUGCAAAGCCCUUGCUCCAGAGUAUAAUAAGGCAGCAAAGGCCUUGGAUGGCAUCGUGCAUAUCGGAGCCUUGGAUAUGACUACAGACGGUGAAGCUGGAUAGCCUUAUGGUGUUAAUGGAUAUCCAACAAUCAAGUAUUUCGGAGUAAACAAGGGUGACCCAAUUGCCUACGAAGGGGAAAGAAAGAGGAAUGCAAUAGUUGAUUACCUUUUGGAUAAAGCAAGAGAAUUUGCAUUAAAUAGAUUGGGUGUGGAGAUCAAACCAGAACCUUCAAAUGAUGAUACAAAAGUCGUUGUUUUGACAGAUGCCAACUUCGAUGAAUAAGUGCUCACUAGUUAGGAGGCCUGGUUUGUUGAGUUCUAUGCUCCUUGGUGUGGUCAUUGUAAAUAACUCUAACCUGAAUGGAAUAAACUAUCUCAUUAAGCAGACAUCCCCAUUGCUAAAGUCGAUGCAACUGUCUAGACUGAAUUGGCGAAGAGAUUUAACAUUGAAUCAUAUCCAACCAUCUAUUUCUUCCCAGCUGGAAACAAACAAAACACCCAUAAAAAGUAUGAAGGAGAAAGAAAUGCAGCUGCCCUCUUGAAAUACAUCAAAGAAUAGAAACCAGUAGAUGGAUAAUCACAAAAGGCUGGCUCUGAUGUCGUUAACAUCAAAUCAGAUGAAAGCUUAAAUGAAGUUUGCAAAUAACUCUGCGUCUUGGGAUUCUUACCAGCUGACAAAGUCGAAUAAGAAGAUGCUGUCUAAGUCUUAAAGAAGACUGCCUUGUCUCUCACAGGAAGAGCUAAUGUUGGUUGGUUUGUUGGUGAAAAAUUCGAUGAUUUCGAAGCUGAACUCAAUGUAAUUGGUGAAGGAUAUCCUUAAGUCGUUGUCUUGGAUUUGAGUGCUAAAAAGCAUUAUAGAUUUAGAAGACAAUUGACUGUUGAAAAUUUGAAUGAAUUUGUUAAGGGAGUCAUCAAGAAAACCGAAACUGGACAAUCAUUCUCUAAUUUACCUAAAUUGAAUGCUCAAAAAACAGAUCUGUGAUGUAUAUUAUUAAGUAAACAAUAUUUAGUCAUUCUUAAACCAUUUCA